AUGGCUCUAGGGGCGCCAAGUGCACCUGAGCUCACUCUCUUUACCGAGGAGUGCACAGCAGAUGCGAAUUUCGCCUGUGCGGACAUUUCAAGGAUGAGGUUGCCUCGGCUCUUAUCACCAACUUUGCACGAGCAGCAGGAGCCUCUGAACAUCCAGCUUGCUUCAAAAAUGCUGGGAUCAGAGAUCAAAACUUGUCCGUCUGUAGGCAUCGCAACACUUUAUACACCCGAUUACGUCGAGGUUGUGAUUUUCACAAAUCAAAUGCUGUUCACCCCGUAG